AUGGAUGUCAUUCGAGCUGGUAUGAAUUAUUACUCGAUUCGUGCUGGUUUAGUCAACAACAACAACAAUCAUAGAAACAACAACAACAACAACAAUAACAGCGAAAAUAGCGAUAUGGAAUCAUUAAUAAUGAGAAAUAAUAACAGCAGCAACAACAACAAUAAUAAUAAAGAAUAUUUUUAUGACGCAUUUGAUAACUCGAUGACGUCUCAAUUUAUAAACGCGCCCAUUAAAAAUUUGUCACCCCAUAACAGUUCGUCGUCUUCGUCUACGCCAUCACUUCAGCAGCAACAACAUCAGCAACAACAACACCAACAAAUGAUGUUGCAUCAGCCCCAUCUACCUUCCAUGAGUCCCCAUCACCACAACAACAACAACAACAACAGUUACAACCAACAACAACAACAGCAGCAGAGAAUAAAGACAUCGUCGUCGUCAUCAUCGACGUCAUCACCUAUUGAUUACAUGACCACCACCAACAACAAAAAUGAUGACGUCAUUGGACUACAUAGACAUCUCCAGCAACAACAGCAACAACAUCAGCAACAACUAUCGCUUCACAUGUCACAAGGCAACAGCAACAAUAACAUCAACAACAACAACAAUAAUAAGAUUGGCGAUAUGUCUCGUUCCAUUUCAUGUUCCAACAAUAACAACAUCAACAACAACAACAACAAACUCAUGUUAUCUUUACAGCAACAACAGCAACAAUAUCUGAACCAACAGCAACAACAUCAGCAACAGCAGCUGCCACUACUUCCGGCAACCCAACCAAAAAUCGAGAACGACAUGAUGGACGACUCAAGCAUGCUCCAGCCACCACCUUCUGCGAGUCCACCAAAAGAUGACGACGACGACGACUCACUCAGUGGCGAUGACGAUUCAGUUAUUUCCGGAAACGGAAGUGGAAGCAAAGAUGGCGGCGGAGAAAAUGGCGGUCGCGAAGGUGAAGGAAUAAGUGGUGGAGACGGUGGGAGUGGUGGAUCCCCUCAGUACCCCCCAGAUGUUCAGAUCUACCCUUGGAUGAAAAGAGUGCAUUCCACCCAUGGUUCGUGCUAG